UCUAUGCUGCUGCUGCGAUUCGUUGUUGGCGGGUGCAUUGAGAGGCCCCGAGUCUGUCGUCAUUUCAACGGAACUUCGAGAAACACACAGGCAGUGCACCCCCAGCAUCUCUGGGCUUGAGUUCCAGUUCGCAGCAUACCGAAACCGAACUGCUCCAGUCCAUUUACACUUGCAGCAAAAGAUCCCAAACCCACGGUCACUAACGUACCUAGCCUACGUGUUUCCUUCGAAACCCGGUGUCUACCCAUACCUCUCUGUGCCGCAAUGAAAGCAAGCACCCUGCUCCGCUCCUCCCGAGCACGACCAUCUACUCCUCUCAACCUCGUUGUCCAUCGCAGCAGCACAGCUUCCACGCGGCGAUCAAUACUGCUCCCGAUAUCGACAGCCUCGCCGUCCUCUUCAACUCCCCACCUGUCCCGCCGUCUAGCAGCGGCACCGUUCUCGACCACCCGAGUCGUCGCAAAGGGCAUCCAACCGGACAGCGCAGAGCCCACAGCCCCCAAACCCGAGUCGUCCACCACCGGCAGCUCUCAGCAGCCAGCACAGAUUUCGGACGCCGAGUACCAUGAGAUAGCGGACCAGUACCUGGACACCUUGGUGCUGGCGGUGGAGGAGAUGAGCGAGACGAGCAACGAGGGGAUUGAAGCCGAGUUCUCAGCCGGCGUCUUGACCAUCACCCACCCCAAGAACGGCACAUACGUGAUCAACAAGCAGCCGCCGAACAAACAGAUUUGGUUGUCCAGCCCGAUCUCCGGCCCGAAGCGGUACGAUUGGGUCGCCUUGGGACCGGGACAGCACGAGAAAGAAGAUUCGACCGUCGAGGCUGGUGACAAUGGUGCUGGUGGACGCUGGGUGUAUUUGCGCGACGGCAGCUCGCUUUCAGAACUGUUGAAGAAGGAACUGGGUGUGGAAAUCACGAAACACGAUGAAAGCGAUGUCGUGGGCGGUCGAGAGGGUCCUGCUGGUGGUGGUGCUAAGCUGGAGUAAUGAGAAAAUUGUUCGUUUACUACAGAUUUGUCUAACAGUCUACAUCUGAUUGUACGGCAGCAAUACAGAAUUGGCAGCAGACCGGAACAGCUUUUUUUAAUUUCGAGUGGCCGAGCUCGGGUUCACAGGCCACCCAUUAUGGCAAAUCGAAUCAAUAUAUACCCCCCCCCUCUCUCUUCAAGUUUCUAUGAAUUACAUUGUACCAAGCCAAUGUUCUUUGACUUCCGAAGCCAAGCCGCUAUUCAGACAAACAAGAAGACUUUUUGGCCCCAAAUAUAUACCCAGCAACCCUCCUAGUAGCCGAUAACAUGCUGUGUGC